AUGAUGGAACAAAAAAUUAUGUUGUUCUUAUUUAUUAAAAUUUCAACAAUUAUACUUUUAAUGUGGUUAUAUCACUCUUACUAUGAUGUGAACUCUUUAAAGGAGAAUCUGGAUGAAAAAUACAAUUUUAGCAGACAUUUAAAAACUAGUAAUUGUCGAUUAUUAGCAAAAUAUAAGCAGGAAAAGGAUUCAAGUAUUGCAAAUUUUAAAGAAGAAAUGCCACAUAAAGAAUUGAAAGAAAAAAAAUAUAUAUCUAAUAAUAAAAAAGAAACGGAAGGAAAACGCAAACAAUCUUGUAGGAGUUCAUUGUAUAUUGAGGAAUACAGUAAAAAUGUUAAGAAAAAUAAAUGUGGUAUAGGUAAAACAAAAAAAUAUUUUGAUUUUGAGAAAAAAAUAUUUAAAAAACUUGAUUAUGAAUACUACGUUAAAAAUAUCAAGAUUAUUGAAUAUAAUGAAUAUAAAAAGCUAGCACGUAAAAAACGCAGAAUACGAAUUACUCUACUUUUGUUAUUUAUCUUGAUAUUGAUAUUACCCAUAUUAGAUCUUUCAUUAGAGACAUUUACAGAGGGUGGGUUGUUGGGUUUAUUACGCAUGUUAUACAAAACUGGAUCUAAAGAAACUGGUAUAUAUGGGGUAGAGGGACUUUUGACUUCAUUAUUAAGCGAGGGUACAUGGGGGAAUAUUGAAAAAAUUUGUGUAUUAUCUCUAUUCUUUUAUGGUGUACCUUUCCUUAUAUUUGUUGUCAUAUUUAUAUUAGGAAUGAUUUAUUACUAUAAAAAAGUUAUAAAAUAUGAAAAUAUUAAGUUCAGAAAAAGAUUAAAUGAAUAA